UAUUAAUUAUUCAACGUUGUUGAAGGAAGCGUUGAGACGAAACGCAAGCAUUUAUGAUUGAUGUCCUUAUCUAACCCAAAGAAAAGAGCUUGGCCUUGAAGGGGACAAGGUGUUGAAUGAAUCCCACAUGCCACAGCGAUGUCUCAUUCCAAAACCCCCGCUGCCGGCGAAACUCUAUUUUCCGGCACGGCGUUCCUGAUUCUCCUCCACCUCUUUCUCUUCCUUACUCCCGCACUUUCCCUUGACUUCCUAUUCAACUCCUUCGCCGGCGUCACCAACCUCACUCUCAUCAAAGACGCUCGCGUCGACGCCUCCGUCAUCCGAAUGAACAACGACUCCAAUCAGUACUCCUACGGCCGCGCCUUCUACCCCGUCAAAAUUCCCAUGCUCAAAACAAACACCUCCAAUAACUCCUCUUCCAUUUCUUCCUUCUCCACUUCCUUUGUCUUCUCCAUCUUGCCGCAGAUCUCUACCAGCCCCGGCUUCGGCCUCGCCUUCGUCCUCUCCAACACCACCGACCCUCCCGGCGCCAUCGCCAGCCAGUACUUCGGCCUAUUCACCAACGCAACCUCCCCUUCCGUUUUCCCCCUCGUCGCCGUCGAAUUCGAUACCGGCCGCAACCCCGAGUUCAACGACAUCGACGACAACCACAUCGGAAUCGACCUCAACAACAUCGAGUCCAUAAACGCCACCACUGCCGGCUACUUCAACUCCUCCGGCGCCUUCGUGCCGGUGCGCAUGCGCACCGGCCAGAACAUCCACGCCUGGAUCGACUUCGACGGCGAGAAUCUCGAGUUCAACGUAACCGUCGCGCCAAUCGGCGUUUCGCGCCCUACGAAACCUACUCUUCGGUAUCAGAAUCCCGCCAUAGCUGACUACGUGUCCAGUAACAUGUACGUAGGGUUUUCCGCUUCGAAAACGAACUGGAUCGAGGCGCAGAGAGUUCUCGCAUGGAGCUUCAGCGAUUCAGGACCUGCAAGGGAGCUCAACACAACGAAUUUACCAGUUUUUGAACUAGAAUCGUCUUCUUCCUCGCUUUCUAACGGCGCAAUAGCGGGCAUCGUCAUCGGUUCUUUUAUUUUUGUUCUUAUAUGCGCUUCUGGUUUUUACUUAUGGUGGCGAAUGAACAAAGCGAACGAGGAAGAAGACGAGAUCGAAGACUGGGAGCUAGAGUACUGGCCGCACAGAUUUUCCUACGAGGAACUAAGUUACGCGACAGGGGAAUUUCGGAAGGAGAUGCUGUUAGGUUCGGGAGGGUUCGGGAGAGUGUACAAAGGAACAUUGCCUAACAACACGGAAAUUGCGGUGAAGUGCGUGAACCACGAUUCAAAGCAAGGGUUGCGUGAAUUCAUGGCGGAGAUUUCAAGCAUGGGGAGGCUUCAGCACAAGAACUUGGUUCAAAUGAGAGGAUGGUGCAGAAAGGGGAACGAGCUUUUGCUGGUUUAUGAUUACAUGCCAAACGGGAGUCUCAACAAGUGGGUUUUCGAUAAGUCCGACAAGGUUUUAGGGUGGGAGCAACGCCGUCGUAUACUUGUCGACGUGGCAGAGGGGCUUAACUACCUUCACCACGGUUGGGACCAGGUUGUUAUUCAUAGAGAUAUUAAAUCGAGCAACAUUCUGUUGGACGCCGACAUGAGAGGGAGAUUAGGGGACUUUGGUCUGGCCAAGCUUUACACGCACGGGGAGGUUCCCAACACCACGCGUGUGGUGGGGACGUUGGGCUACUUGGCGCCGGAGCUGGCCACGGUGGCGGCCCCCACUUCGGCGACCGACGUCUACAGCUUCGGGGUGGUGCUGCUGGAGGUGGCGUGCGGUAGGCGGCCGAUAGAGACGUCGGUGGCAGAGGAGGAGGUGGUGCUCAUUGAUUGGGUCAGGGAGCUGUACGCGAAGGGGUGCGCGCGUGAGGCUGCGGAUUUGAGGAUUAGAGGGGAGUACGAUGAGGGAGAUGUGGAGAUGGUGUUGAAGCUAGGGUUGGCUUGUUGCCACCCUGAUCCUCAGAGGAGACCCACCAUGAAGGAGGUCGUUGCGCUUCUCUUGGGAGAGGACCCGCCGGAGGCACCCGGAAAAGUCUUGUCCGAUUUGGUUCGCGGUGGCGAGGAUUCCGACGAGGCCGCGCCUUUGCAACCCUCCCCUCCUCCGGUUUGAAUAUUUUUGUGUUGAUUAAGUAAUUCUUCAUUUUAAAUAAUCUUGUUUCAAUUAGACAAAAUUAUUAUAAAAUUUUUCCACCAAAUAUUUAAUAUUCUUAUAAUUUCAACCGGUUACCUCAAUUAAGCUAUAUAAUCUCACGUCAAUUUGAGUUUUGUUUUGACUGUACAUAAAAUUGGACUUAUUUUUCUCUUCUGAUUGAGUUUUUUUUUUAAUGGAUUUUGCUAGAUUGCGGCUUGCUUUGAUGUGUAUUUACUUGUUUUGUUUCUGAUUAAUGUAUUUGUUAUACUUUCAAUCAAAGUCGCUUUUGACUCUCCA